AUGCUUAGCAAGAGAUACAAGAAAAAAGAUUUUAAUGAACAAGAAUUGAAAAUCAAAUUUAAAUCGAUGAGCGAAAUUUCUAUGAAGAAGAAUGAAAAGAAAAUCACUAUUCAGCGGAUACGAAGAAAUAUCAUUAAUUCACUUAUUUAUAUGCUUUUAGCUUGGAAAAGAUCCUAUCAGAAAGUUACAUGCUAUGCUAAUGAUUCCCAAAAUCAAAAUGCAACAUAA